AUGGUUAAAUUGUGUGUCCUUGUGUUGGCUCUUCUCUGCAGCUGUCAGACAUCACUGGCCGGCUUCCUUGGCGGCUACGGUGGUUACGGCGGCUAUGGCCAUGGCUUUGGUGGUUAUGGUGGACAUGGUUAUUAUGGUGGUGGAUAUGGUCAUGGUUUUGGAUACGGCCAUGGCUAUGGUGCAGCGGUUGUUGCUGCCGCUCCCGUGGUUAAAGAAGUUGUUGCUGCUCCUGUGGUAAAGGAAGUUGUUGCAGCUCCGGUUAUUACGAAAACAAUAACACCGGUAAUUACCAAAACAAUUGCUGCUGCUCCUGUGAUUAAAGUUGCUGCCGCUCCCGUUUACUAUGGUGGCUAUGGAGGUUAUGGACACGGUUAUGGUGGAUAUGGUGGUCAUGGCUAUGGUGGAUAUGCCUUGUCUUAUGGUCAUGGUUUCGGUGGUUAUGGAGGUCAUUAUGGUGGUUAUGGCCAUGGCUGGUAA